AAAUUCUCAUUUUCUCCAAUAAAAAAUCGACAAAAAGAAACCAGGCCUGAAAAAAAAAAAAAAAAAAAAAUUAAAUUGUGUGAAAACAAAUUGAAAAGACAGACAGUGGUUCAAUUCAUUUUAGUUCAAUUAGCCAACCCUCAUCAUCAUCAUAAACAUAAUGUUAUCUCGUGCUGCUACUCGUCGUGCCUAUAGUACUGCUGCUGCCCAAGCUGUGGUCAAGACCACUGCCAAGGAUACCAGUGGUAAUUUAACCAACUUGACUGUGGUUGUUAAUAAUGCUGGUGCCAAAGUUGGUAAAUCAGGUAUUGCUCAUUUAUUAUCUAAAUUCAAUUUCUUAAAUACUGGUGCCAAAUCUGCUUUAAGAUUCACUAGAGAAUCUGAAUUAUUAGGAGCUCAAUUUUCUUCAAAUGUUACUAGAGAUGCUCUUGUUUUAAAUACAUCAUUUUUAAAAGCUGAUUUACCUUAUUUCGUUGAAGCUUUAGGUAAUGUAUUAGUAAACACAAGUUUCAGACCUCAUGAAUUAGUUGAAAAUGUUUAUCCAACUGCCAAGGCUGAUUAUGAAACUGCCAUUAAAUCAAAUAGUUAUGUUGGUUUAGAAGAAUUACAUGAAUUAUCAUUUAGAAAAGGUUUAGGUAAUGGAUUAUUAUAUGAUGGUUCAAAUAAAAUCACUCUUGAUGAAAUUAAACAAUUUGCUCAACAAGCUUAUACUAAAUCUAAUGUAUCUGUAUUUGGUGCUGGUGCCGUUGAAGAAGAUUUAGUUAAAUUCAUUAAUGAAAGUCCAUUUGCUGAAUUACCAACUGGUGAAACUAUUAAAUCAUCAGUUUCAAUUUUCAAAGGUAAAGAAUCAAGAAUUAAAACCUAUGGUGAAUCUGCUGUCUUAGUAGGUAUUCCAAUUAAACCAACUGAAUUUGGUAAAUUUGAAGUUUUAUCAUCUGCCAUUGGUUCAUCAGUAUUAUCAAGUGAUAUUUCUGCUCCAUUAUUCAAUUUACCUGGUGUUGAUGCUUCAUCUACUGUACUUAAAUAUCAAGAUGCUGGUUUAUUCGUUAUCACCAUCAAAGGUGCUUCAUCAGCUGAUGUUUCAGCUGCUGUUAAACAAGUUAAGAAAAUUGUUGAAUCAGCUGAUUUAAAGUCUGCUACUAAGAAAGCUGAAUUAUCUAUUGCAUUACAAUCAACUUUUGAAGCUCCAUUAAGUUUGAAAGUCGAUGCCACCACUCCAAUCAAAUUAGUUGAAUUCAAUUAUGUUGCUGUUGGUGAAGUUGAUGCUUUACCAUAUGCUGAUGAAUUAUAAAUCAUUUCAUAGAAAGAAAUCAUCAUCUCAUUCAUAAAUACAUUCUCAUCAGUUUUGACAUUCCAAUCCCAUGUGCAUAAUAAUAUUAAUCAACAAAAACAAAAGACAUACCAUCCCCUUUUCAUUUAUUCCAUUCUAGAAUAUACAAUUGACAUACUUACCUAUCUGUUAACUUCCCAAACCAAACCUAACAUUAUCCUACUAUUUUUUCUUCAACCUUUAUACAAAAUAGUUCUUUAUAGUAUCUAUAUUCAUAUACAUACAUACUUAGUUUCCA